AUGCACAGUCCGCCAUCAUCGCAGUCUGUUGACUCCGCGGAGAACAUCUACAACCUGCUUUGCGCUGUUCAGGCACAGGCUAACGCGGAUGACGAGGAGAUUAAGGCGCUGCGCCUUCGCAUUGCGGGGUGUGGAGGCGAUGCCCGGGAGACGCGUGACGUAAUUCGCAACCUGUCACAGCAGCACGAGGUGGCAUGCGAGGAGCUGAAAUCGAAGCGUUUGUGCGUUCAGGAACAAGCGGCUCGCUGUGCCGGGGUAAUGGAGGUGCUCAACUCCACGCGGCAGGAAGUGGCAAAAGUCGUUGAGGGAAUUCUGACAUCUGAGCUGCCACUGCACCCAGCAGCGGCAACCACCGCAGAAACAGAAGCAGGCACAGAAGCAGCAGGAGGAAGCAGAAUUAUCCCGGUAGGGCCCCCACAGGGGCCCUUGCCACCGGCAGAACUUCACGACGUCACGCUGAGCCUGAAGCGCAAAAUCGAGACGGCCGCGCUGCAACAGCGACAUCGCAAUGCGGUGCUGCGGCGGCGCCCCAUGGAGGCGGUGCAAGAAACAAGUGCGACCGAUGAGAGUGAGGCGGUUGGGCCAUUUGCAGUGCGCUUCCGACGCGAAGCAACAACACCAACAAUAGCGGAUGGUGCUGUUGAGGUUCAGACUUCGUUUCUGGAGGGCCGGCGGCGACGAAAAGUCAUCACAUUUAACGACGGCCAGUUAGAGGUGCGCGCGGACAUUGUCCGUGGAGCUGCGGCGGCUUCUGUGCCUUCGGCGCACGGCAGUACUCCGGAGAAGGAGAGCGCUCCUGCAGCCUCUACUGACACUGUGGUUUCUUCUUCUGCUGCUUCCAGGGCUGCUGUCACUCCUGUUGGAGCGCUGCGUUUCUCUGCGCGGGCCGCCGACCUCAAGGGGCCGUGCGCACCGCGAAGGACAUGGUGGCGAACAGAAUCCCAUACCGGGAGCUGA